UGGCAACACUGAGCAGUGAGCCCAGGUUAUGUGAGGAGUGUUGAGCGGCCACUCCACCAGCCACUCGCCCUCCAGCAGCCAUCGUCCACUCACCCACCCCUAGUGAGCUCCAGUACAUCGUUAGUGCUGUUUCAUCUACAGUGUGUGUCGGUUUUAUUUGUAAAUGAUCAUGGACAAAUCAUCCGUGAAAAAUAAAUAAUAUUAAAGUGAAAGUUGAAAAAAAAAAACGAAAGUAAUUCAGCGCAUUAUAUAAAUAGCUGACAGUCACUGCUGCUUUGAGAACAAAACAUAAGCAGAUUAAGGCAAAGAACUGAAGCCAGAACGAAAAAAAAAUAAAGAAGCUUUUCAUCAUCACCUUCACCACCUCAACAGCGGAUGACGACCUCAGUAACGCUCUGACCCCCGACUCGAUAACUACUCCUUCAGUGAGCACCUUCAGGAAAAUAAAGUGGGCAAUUAUCUACUGAAGGAGAGGCUAAGAGGAGGAGGAGGAAGACAGGGUGUACACGACCCACCUACAGGAUGAAGGUGGUGUGGGCGGCCUGGGUGGUGGUGUGGGCGGCGGUGGUGACUACAGCAUCUCCACAAGUGCACAAGGGCAACCUGAUCCAUCGUGAAGUAGUCAGUGGCGGCCAGCGUGUCGUCUUCAACACCGCAAACCCUCAAGGUCAGGGAGUGCGCACCAACCCUCGAGGUAACCAAUUUUUCCACGAGGCGAGAGGCCCCAGAAGAGGCUCGCUGGUGGAAGCCAACUCAGUCAACAGACCCUUCAACCCUCGUAUUAAGUCCCCAGCGCCCCCGACCUUCCUGCCCCAACAACAUUUCUUCUCCGUUAACAGACUAGGACUCCAAGACAUUUCAGCCGAAGAUGGACUGUCAAUAUUAGGAGACGACAAUAGACCUCUCCAGCACAAUGAGUUCUUUGUUACUGAAGACAGUGGUUCUGAUGAAGAUGGUAAUAUCGUUCCUGGCGUCCAAAUCUUCACAUCGGUAAUCUCAAAUCAAGGGACAGGAUCCAGCGAAGGUCCUGUUUUCUCCACUGGGACCCAAGAUGUGUCCUUUGAAGAUAUAAGUGCUCCCUUUCCAAGCUUGUCCACUGGAGGCCCAAUUUUGUCCACUGGGAGUCGAGGCACAUCUCUUGGAGGCCCAAUUUUGUCCACUGGGAGUCGAGGCACAUCUCUUGGAGGCCCAAUUUUGUCCACUGGGAGUCGAGGCACAUCUCUUGGAGGCCCAAUUUUGUCCACUGGGAGUCGAGGCACAUCUCUUGGAGGCCCAAUUUUGCCCACUGGGAGUCGAGGCACAUCUCUUGGAGGCCCAAUUUUGUCCACUGGGAGUCAAGGCGCAUCUCUUGGAGGCCCAAUUUUGUCCACUGGGAGUCAAGGCACAUCUCUUGGAGGCCCAAUUUUGUCCACUGGGAGUCAAGGCACAUCUCUUGGAGGCCCAAAUUUGUCCACUGGGAGUCAAGGCACAUCUCCUGGAGGCCCAAUUUUGUCCACUGGGAGUCGAGGCGCAUCUCUUGGGGUUGUAGGUGUGCCCCUCCCAGGUGUCCCCUCUGGAGACCAGAUUGUAUCCACUAGCAACCAAGAUGUGUCCUUUGAAGAUAUAAGUGCUCCCUUUCCAAGCUUGUCCACUGGGGGCCCAAUUUUGGCCACUGGGAGUCAAGGCACAUCUCCUGGAGGCCCAAUUUUGUCCACUGGGAGUCGAGGCGCAUCUCUUGGGGGCAUAGGUGUGCCCCUCCCAGGUGUGUCCACAGGAGGUGCGCCUUUCCCAGUUGUAUCUAAUGGAUACUCAAGUGUAAACGUGGGAGUCCCUGAGGUAUCCACAGAAAACUUAGGAGUGUCAUUCAGUAGUUCUGGAGGCUCAAUCCCGAGUGUCUCGCUGGGCAGCAGUGAGACUCCAGAAUCAAUAGUUUCCCUUUCUUCGGGUACGAUAUCGGACCUCACCGAAACCUCUGUUCUCCCAUUGCCAUCGUCAACUGAGAUCACACUGCCUUCUAACAUUCUCUCUCCAGUUCUGGGAAUGCUCCUUAACGGUAAUACAAAUAAUAUCGACUCUAGUCAAACUCUGGGAACUUUUCUGAUGGGUCUCAACGGAAAGAACGGUGUGAUGGUUCUUCCUGCGUCCAGCCUUGAGAAGGUAAAGAACAGCGGCAUCAACGUGUCCACAAGGAGUUCACAGACUCCUCUCACCAUAGACUCCAACACCGACGUAGAGGUCAGAGGCAACACCGGCGACGAUGCUUCUGAUGACAGUGGUGCCUCUCUAUUCCAAGUGGAUUCUGGCAGCGACUCAUCAAGUGACUCCGACAGCACCGCAUUAUUCCCCGGAGGAUUACCAGAACAACCCAGCACCACUACCGAGCCGUCUUACUUCCGAGAGCCGGUGACGAGGCUGCUGUUCACUAAGGGUAAGCUGCUGGGCACUAUCCUCGGCGGCAUCAUCGACAUUGGCACCACAGUCUUUCGCAGCUUUUCACAGAUUAAACCAUUCGCUUGAAAACAAAAUAAAAACAACUUGAGUAAAACACUCAGUUCUGCAUUAUGAAACCAUUAAAUAAUAAAACAUUAUCUAGUCGAGCCGACUAGUGUCACACGCUGACUAGAUACAGUCUGUUUUAAGUGUCGGUAUUAGUGACGGACAGGCAGGUACAUUUGCUCACCCUAGUGGAUAAUUAUUAGAAACGUGAAGCUCAAAAUUCUCUCCCAAUUCUACAAAAAGUUAUAUACGAGAAGAAUCCUCCUCACAAGGCCUCACUAAACGCAGCAACACUAAUUUCUCCCCUUUGCUUCAUGUUAAAAGGACAAACUUUACUCUGGCCAUAACUUUUCAACGUUUAAAUAGUUACCAGGACUUCCCAACACCCGGCCAUCUUGACAACCAAGAGACGAGAGGUGUAAGUGAUCGGUAAUUAAGACCCAGAGGAGAAGAAAAAAAAACACACAACAAUAAACCUAAACCGUUAAAAAUAAAACACCAAACCAAAUUAUAAACUUUCCUCUCCAAGACCAAAACAAGAUGAUGUGACGUACUGCAGCGGUAGAGUAGGAGAGGAGGUUAGGAUGAAGCGCCACCCUACAGAAGGAGACCCGACGCAGGGAGAGGACAGAAUGAGUGAGCAAGUUCACUAGUGUGCGGACUUAACUUACCGUGACUGCUGUCGAUUCUCUUGUUCCACGCUACUGCCACUUUCUGCGGAAGACAAAGACACAUAUAUUACUAUUUAUCUGCUCUUGAGUGCUAUUUUAUUUUUAUACCUAAUAGAACUUAAUAAUAUAGCAUUCCAAAAUGUAUAUAAACAUAAUUCUGUUAAGGUUAAGUUGUUAUAUUUUUGGGGGGUUGCUAUUUGCAUGUAAUCCAUUGCCAAAAUAAAGAUGGUUAUGAAUA